AUGAAAUUCCCAGUGGAAAAUCCAAGGAAACAGGUGAACUGGGACCUGGAGCAAGUGGCUGUUCAGACAACCAUAGUCCCUCCAAAGAAGGUCCAGCCCGUUGUGGUUCAGUCCAGUUUGGUUCAAGCCAGCGUAGCCACCAUGCAGAACCCAAUGGGCUGCGACGGCAGAGCUAACGGCCACUGUGUACUUCCGCGCCUCUCCAUCUCCUCACGCUCCGCCAGCAUGGUCACCGGGUUGGAUUCUGGAGCGGAUGGUUCUGCUCUUCACUCUGUCAUGAAAUGGAAGACGGUUCUGGCCGUGUUUGUAGUGGUAGUGGUGUACCUGGUGUGUGGCGGUCUGGCGUUCCGUGCACUGGAGCAACCCUUCGAGAACAACCAGAAAGACACCAUCACACAAGAGAAGGCCUUGUUUCUCCAGAGGAACCCCUGUGUUUCCUCAGCAGAGCUUGAGGCCCUUAUUAAGUAUGCAGUAGAUGCGGUCAGUGCUGGAGUGAGUCCCAUUGGAGACACGUCCUAUAACUCCAGUCACUGGGAUCUCGCCAGCGCUUUCUUCUUCGCUGGAACUGUCAUCACCACAAUAGGCUACGGCAACAUCGCCCCCAGCACUGAGGGCGGGAAGAUUUUCUGCAUCCUCUACGCCAUAUUUGGCAUCCCUCUGUUCGGCUUCCUGUUGGCGGGGAUUGGUGAUCAACUGGGGACCAUGUUUAUGAAGAGUAUACUAAAAGUGGAAAAAAUCUUCAGGCAAAAACACAAGCAAAUCAGCCAGACUAAAAUCCGUGUUACCUCCACCAUUCUCUUCAUUCUGGCUGGUUGUAUCGUGUUUGUCACCAUUCCAGCAGUGAUCUUUAAACACAUUGAGGGAUGGAGUACUCUAGAAGCCAUUUACUUCGUCGUCAUCACUCUCACGACUGUCGGCAUUGGAGAUUAUGUAGCAGGUGGGGAUCGAAAAAUCGAAUACAUGAAAUGGUACAAGCCUCUGGUUUGGUUCUGGAUUUUGGUUGGUCUGGCAUAUUUUGCAGCAGUUCUCAGCAUGAUUGGAGACUGGCUCAGGGUUCUCUCCAAGAAAACUAAAGAAGAGGUUGGCGGGUUUAAGGCUCACGCGGCUGAAUGGAAGGCAAAUGUUCGUGCAGAAUUCCGCGAGACACGCCGACGCCUCAGCGGCGAGAUCCACGACAAACUUCAAAGAGCGGCCACCAUCCGCAGCAUGGAGCGCCGGUGUUUGGGUCUAGAGCAGCGCGCUCACUCGCUAGACAUGCUGUCAGCUGAUAAACGAGCCGUCUUCGCUAGUCUGGACGCUGGACGCUUCAAGACCUCCUCGCAGGAGAGUAUCGACACUAAACUGAACAACCUGCGACUCAAAGUCGAACACAGCGGACAGCAGACAACCUCCGAGGAAAACAUCUUCAACCGCUUCGGCUCGCUCACCAAACUGACCAAACGCAACAAGAGCAAAGACCUCCGGAGGAAUAUUCCAGAAGAUGCGAGCAGAGCUGGUGAAGUUCUCAGCAGUAACAGCAGUAAUGUCACGCUGUGCGAGGAGAGGAGAGAGGAGAAGGAGGAGGAGGAAGAGGAGGUGGAGGAGCAGAAGAUGGGAAAGGAGGCAAACACGAGCUUCACAUGUUUACCUCACUAUUCUGAAGAAACCCAAACAGCAGAACAGUUUUGA